AGUCAGUCAGUCAGUCAGUGUGACCUGCAGCGUGUCGGACAUCUGAACCGCUCUCACAUCAGACCACUGACGGAUUACUGAAAACUGAUACUUUUGAUUUUCUGAUAUCUGGUUCCACUGGAUGCCUCUCUGAUCUGAGCACAGUUGCAGAAGCCGUCAGCUGUCCUCAGGCUGUGUGUAUGGAGAGGCAGGCGCUGCAGCGGGCCCGGGAGGCCUUCCUGAGCGGCAGGACUCGGCCUGUGGAGUUCAGACUGCAGCAGCUGCACGCCCUGCAGAGGAUGAUCACUGAGAAAGAGACUGAGAUCUCCUCUGCUCUCAAGCAAGACAUCAACAGGAGCCAGUACGACACGCCGCUCUUGGAGCUGAUCGGCAUUGAGAAUGAGAUCAAGCUGGCCGUGGAGAAGCUGGCAGAGUGGGCAGCUCCACGGCCCGUCGAGAAGAGCGUCCUCACCAUCAGAGAUGAGGUUUAUAUCCAGCCGGAGCCCCUGGGAGUGGUGCUCAUCAUCGGGGCCUGGAACUACCCCUGGGCUGUCACCCUGAUGCCCCUGGUCGGAGCUAUCGCUGCAGGCAACGCAGCUGUGGUGAAGCCGUCCGAGCUCAGCGAGUACUCGUCCCUCCUCCUCCGGGCUCUGCUGCCCCGCUAUCUGGACAAGGACCUGUACCCGGUGGUGACAGGUGGAGUGCCAGAGACCCAGGAGCUUUUGAGGCUCAGGUUUGACCACAUCUUCUACACAGGCAGCAGCACAGUGGGCAAACUAGUGAUGGCGGCUGCAGCUCGCAACCUCACCCCAGUGACCCUGGAGCUGGGAGGGAAGAGCCCCUGCUACAUCGACAAGGACUGUGACAUCAGAAUCGCCUGCCGUCGAAUCACAUGGGGAAAGUUUGUCAACUGCGGUCAGACGUGCAUCGCUCCAGACUACAUCUUGUGUGAGCCGUGCAUCCAGGGCCGAGUCGUGGAGUGCAUCCGACAAACUCUGCUGGAGUUUUAUGGCGCUGAUCCCAAAUGCUCGGCGGACUACGGCCGAAUCAUCAACCAGCAUCAUUUCAACAGAGUCAUGAGUCUGAUGGAGGGUUACACCCCUGUUGUGGGAGGACAGAGUGACGCCUCGCAGUGCUACAUUGCCCCGACAGUGCUGAAGGAUGUGCCCCCUCACUCCAGGCUGAUGCAGGAGGAGAUCUUCGGCCCUCUGCUGCCCAUUGUGACUGUGAGCGACAUGGACGAUGCCAUCCGCUUCAUCAGCGAGAGAGAGAAACCUCUGGCCCUCUACAUCUUCUGCUCUGAUAAGAAGGCAAUAAAAAGGAUGAUUGAGGAGACCACAAGUGGAGGAGUGACAGUCAAUGAUGUUAUGAUGCACUACACACUCAACUCUCUCCCGUUUGGUGGUGUUGGUCAGAGUGGUAUGGGCCGCUACCAUGGUAAACACACCUUUGACCAGCUGAGCCACCAGAGGGCGUGCAUGGUCCGCUCUCUGGGCAUGGAGAGCGUCAACCUGGCCCGGUACCCCCCUCAGGACCGCCGGCGGGCGCGCAGGGUGCGGAUGGCCCUCAACUCACCCCUGAUCGACAUGUCCAAGAGGACGCUGGUGUGGGCCGUGGCUGCCACCAUCAUCGGCUUCGGCCUGUUCAUCACCCUGCUGGUCAUCCUGCUCAUAGCUUCAGGCCUGAACUGCACCUGCUGGUACUGGAGAGGCUUUUACAACUAGAGACACUGCAGCUUCCCUCUGCGAGGUCGAAAAAGUGAAUCCUGUUUUGUAUUCAGAUAUUUUGAAGAUAAGAUAAUCCUUUGAUCUAACUUGUAUUUGCUGUGUGUCUGUUUUAUAUGAGAAGUCCCUCAGCGCUGAGACAAACACACACCACAGUGCUGUCCUGCAUGUUUCAUCGCAGGAGCUUAACACUCACUUUUAGAGGAAAUGUCAGUAUGAAUACAAAUUUGAUGAUGAACUGAGAAACCCACACCCUACUUACAGGAAUCCACAGAUCAAAUAUAUGAUAUAUGGAUUUUGCUAAUAAAAGUUUUGUUCGUA